AUGGACGCCGCCGAAGGCCAGCAAGGGGUCAGCCCACGCAUCCCAUCUGUGGGCGAUCCCAUCAGCGGCAACGUGGACGACCCUGCGGACGUGACGCCUGUCACGUUUGUUGCCGCCGCACCUUCAUCGCACGAGGACGAGGACUUUAGGGAGAGCGAUCGCUGGCGGUUCCAUAGCGACACGUCGACGAUAUCAAGCAGGGUCACCACGCCUGAUCCCGCCGUGUCCAGCCCACCGCUGACCCCCUUUGCCUCGGCUGGCAGUCGGACACCUCUCCCCAGCAGAGCCGCCGAUGUCUUCUCCUUCUCACCUCUUCCUCUCCUCCCCCCUGCCCUUCCUCUGCCUUCUCGGCGAGGCGCGGAAUGGGGCCGCGGAAGAGGCCGUGGCGGAGCAAGGGGAGCGAGUCGACUUGUGCCGAGGAGCCUGAACGGCGCUGCCCGAGACCAUCACCCGAGCCCGGCAGGUUUAUCUCGGCACAACCCACCUCAACUCCCGUCGUCGUCUCCUCCCAUUACAGGCAUGGCUCAGGCAUCCCCGUCCUUUUCAUUACUUCCCGGACUGGAUAGGCUCGAUAAUGGCCACGGACCUCGACGUCGUGGUGUCCCUCCUCAUCCGCCGCCUCCGCCUCCACCACCACUCACAUCGCCUCCUCUAACAUCCCCAUCUUACUUUGCUAGUCUUCCAACAACAAGCGAAACGGAUCUAAGCCUAGCCGAUCAGGUACACCUUUCUCCAUCCUCUCCAGUUUCACGAUCGUCGCUCGGCACGCAACAUUUGGUCCAGUCUGCUUCCGGCUAUUCAACUAGCAAUUACGCACGGCCGUGGCCCUCCCGGGGCAGACGGGACUCGGGACGGUCAGGUCGGCGGCGGAGCAAUGGCUCUGAGGAGGAAGCACUGACCUUUUCACUAACUAGACCCGAGGAUGACGAGACAUGGAGCUCUUCGUCCUCGUCCAAUGAGGACCCCAUCGCCUACCGUAACGCUCGCCAGUUUCCGCCACAGCUGCCUGCUGGUCGGGCCUUUGGGCCGUCAGCGCCGCAAAGCAGAUCAUCCGCAGCCAAUCAAAUCACAGCAUGGGUAUCGCAAUACGAAAAGUCGAGAAGUCCAACAAGAUCUCGAUCGAGAUUGGGUGACAUUUCUGCAGUUCUGCAUCCCACCGACACCGAGUCCCACCUGGACGGUUCCGUGCAAUCCAACGAUUCUUCGCACGGCGAAAUAGAGACGCUAUGGCAGCAGUUGAAAGAAAAGCGGGCUAAAUUGAGCGGCACGAGGGUCGAGAUGCGGUCGAGGAGAAAAGAGCUACGCGAAAAGAGGCGCGAGAAAGACGCCGCUGACAAUGCCUUCAUGAGUGUCGUCAGGCCUGUGCUGAUCAGUCAAGGAGAGCCAUUCAACGCCCCUACGGAGCUUUUGCAGUCGCGCCUGGAAGCGAUGCAGCACUUGAGAGAUGACUAUCAAGUUCUAGAGUCAAGCUAUGAGACUCUAGAGGCCAUGCUGGACGAAGAAGAACGCGAUCUAAGCAUCCUCGAGACUCGCUUUUUUAGCAUGUUGGCUGCUGAGCAAACCAAGGAGGAGCGCCAGCCAGACAUUUGCAGCGACUCUGGUGCGGCCAAAUUCAACAUUGACCAGGCAGAGAUACCGUAUGAGCUCAGGGGUAUUUCCCCGUUCGGCCCAGUCGAGGAUCCGCAUCCGCUCUAUGUCGACUUGACCUCAGCGGUGGGCUACCUUGGAAACGCCCGCGACGAAUAUGCAGACCUCCUCUCUACUCGAGAACAGUAUGAGGAAGAAUUGCAGUUGAAGAAGACGACCAAUCAGAAAGCCUCGGACGAGCUGGACAUGAAGGAGUUCUUUGACGAGUUUCCGUCCGAGGAGAUGCGGAUGCACGGCGUGGUAGUCAGCCUAGAAGCUCGGGUCAGUCAGCUCCGGAAGAUGUGCGAAGAAAGGGGGGUCAUGAAGAAGCACAUGUCCAUCAAGAUGGAAUAUGCGCUAGAUCCGCAGGUCAAAUACGAGGAUCUGGAUCUGGACGAAGAGCCUACGAUUCUGAGCAGUCGCAAGACAUUAGGCCAUGCCGAGUUCAACGAACUGCUAUCCCAGCCAGAUCAUGUGCUGGCGGAUGAGCCGCUCACUCCUCUGGGCGCGCUCAAAGCAGCCAUUCGACUCCCGAAUCACCAUCCAGAGAAGGGUGUGAGGAAGAGACUGGCCUCCAAGGAGUAUGCAAUUGACAACCUCAUGCGGGAGUGUGAUGGCGGGAAGAAGGCCGAUUACGUGAACCGAUGGCUCCUUCACCAGCUGCGACUGUCCCCCCUCAACGCCGUGCUGCUGCGAUCUACUUUCCAGGCCAGCCGCUCCUUGAAGAUUCGAGACAUGUGGCGCUGGCAAUGCGACGUGAUGCAUUACUGGUGGCGCGACAGCACCAUGUCGCUGACGGAUGGCUACUUCAAGCCCAUCACCAGCGACAACUCGGACUAUUCCUCUCGCCAAGGAUCGCCCCAGCUGUCGCGAGCUGCGUCCGAUGGCGGUCCAAGACACGUCUACCAACGACUUGAGCUCGUUGAUAAUAGCGAUGCCAUGACCGAGUAUGGCUGA